AAUAAAGAUGAGUCAAUUUGUCGAAGCUAUAAAUUCUAUAAAUAUAUAUUAGCAUAAUUUUCGGGUAUAAAUGUAUAAAUUUUAAUUUCGUUCCUAAAGAAUACGAUUAACAAACUGAGAAAUAAAGUAAAUGUAAGUUUCCAGAAUAUCCUAAAACGAAAUUACUCUUUUGUGACUACAUAUUUGAAGGUUUUACUUUGAUUCGAUAAAGUACAGAAGUUGACUAAGCUUGUUUUAAGAGUAGCAAUACAUUUUAUACAUUUUUAAGCGACAUAGAUUGACCAGUCAAGGAAAAGCAAGAAAAUCGGGAGAGGAAUCAACGUCCAAAGAUUUAAGGGUUCAAAGUUUGUAUUUGAAUAUCUAGAAGAUUGCAUCAAUAAAAACGAAAAAUAAGGAAUGAGGGAAGAAGGAACUAUUUAUAAGAUAAGAUGCAAGGGACACACAUGACAAACGAGUAUAUGUAGAGUUUAGAGAGAUUCUUUCGUAGUUUUCUUAGGAUGAUCAUUAUAAAAGACGUAUUUUAUCAAUUACUUUACUAAGCAUACUUUUUUGAUAAAGAGGAUACAAUUUAAAUGUUGAGUUUUUAACGCAAAAUGUUUAACAUAAAUCCAUAAUGCCAUGUGUAAUUGCAUAAAAACACCGAUCAACAAGAAAAUCCUUCGAAGCAAGAAUAAUUUGUAUUGUUUCAACUUCAGUUGGCGUUUCUUGACUUCGAACCAACAUUCGUAAAUAUGUGUUUUAUAUUUCAAUACCGAAAAAACUUCGUGAUACUAACAUUUCAUACAUAAUAUCAUCGAAUCGAGCAAAAUUAUUCUCAUAACAUUGUGAAACUCAUUCAGGUAACGUGUAUCAAAAUAAAAUUCUAUUUUACUAUAUUAUAUACAAAUUAGAUAAAUUAUUCAAAGUAUUGAUAAAAAAAAAUAAAAUAAAUUUGUACUCCACUUAGUAAGUAAAAUUAUAACAUGUUUUAUAAUAAUUCAAAUAGGAUAUAGUAACAAUAAUUUCAUCAGAGACUUUUUUGUAGAUCUAUCGAUACUCGUAUAAUGCGUAAAUCAUACAUACAUUCAUACAUACAAAUACGCGCGCACACAUACACACACAUAUAUAUAUAGUAUAGCCAAAAAUAUACCAUCCAGGAAUAUUUUGGACUGUUCAACAUAAAUUGAAUUGCAGCAUCCUUUUUAUUCACAUGUAUCUAAAUAUUAAACAAUUUUAUAAAAACCGUGAAAAACAGUGAGGAACAAUUAAUUAUGCUUUGUCGUUUUACUUUUCUUUUUUAAUCGCAUAUUUACAAAUUGUUAACAUCAAAAUGUACUUCCCGAUUCUCUAUAGUAGAACUGAAAAAAGUUGUAAAAAGGAUGAAGAGAGUCAUAUAUAUACACAUUCAUAUGUGCAAUUGUAUCGUGUGUUGUAUUUUCUUAAUUGCUUGCAUCCGAUUGGAUACCUCACAGGAUAGCCAACUAUGUAGCGUGUAUCAUGAUUGGUGCGUCUGAACGCCCAACCAUAUGGCUAUUGGCUGAUUUACUUGUACUAUCGUUAAAUCCUUUCUAAAAGUGUUUCGUCGCAUCGUUCGACAAACGGAGAGUUUUGUGCGCUUAAGUUUUUUUCACACAGUACUAAAAACAACAAUUUUCAGCAUGCAAGACUCGUGACCAUAAAUGAUUGUGCAUUCUCGUUUUUAUCUACUUCUUCAGCAUUAUUUAAUGCAUAACAUGAAAAUAAAUUUAGUAAUAAAAGAAGAAUAAUUAACGUGUCGCAACAUAUUGCUUUAAAUGUAACGUGAUACACAACACAACCGACGCGCAGAUAGAAAUUAUACCACAGGAUAAAGUAUGUAGGGCAAGUAUCACGAUCGUUUAUAGAUAUAUGCGUAGGUACAAAUACGUAGACAUAGGUAGAUAUAAGAAGUAAUGUGAAAGGGCACGUACGACGCUCUCUUACGGUCGUCGCGACAAACGGUAGUAUCAAUAUGGUUGUUGCUGAGAACGCAGUUCGUGAGAGGAUGCUGUUGCAAUAGCUUGCUUCGAACUCUCUUCUAACAUGAGAUGUGCCAUGAUCAUAGAGAAUAAUUUUACGUAAUAUAAACGAUCGAACAGAGGUGACUAUUCGACAUAAACGUUACCGCAAUGGAGACUCCCACAAGCAUUGCCAAUAGUACAGUGGCGAACAUCCCGAAGCAAGAUAUAAAGAAAGCUACAAUAAACAAAAAACAAGAAAAUAUGAUGGACAAAGAUACAAAAUCUUUAACAACAAAUUUAUUUCCAUGGAUUUUUGAAUUUAGAAAAAUGUGUAAAGUUAUAUACAAGGAUUGUAGUAUGUCUUCUUUAACAGAGCUUAUGCAGUACUAUAUGAGAAAUAUAAGCAUCAGUAUAAAUGAAUGUUAUACAAGACCUCUAUGGGCAGCACGGUUGAAAGACUCUAUUAGUGAUACCUUAGUUUUAUUCUUAUAUAUUUAUCGUAUGCUUUCAGAGAAUCAUGAUAGAUGUAUUUAUCUUAAUUAUAUGUCAGACUUACUGGCAAUAUACAUAGAUAUGGAAUUAAAAGCAUCAAAAAAAACUAAGGAAGAUCAGGGUAAAAUUUGUGCUAGACUUAUUUCUUGCCUAUAUGUUUAUCUUGAACAUUCCACAGAACAUUUAUUAGAUACUCUUAUAAAAGUACAAUUUAUGUGUCGCAGUUAUCAUGCCAUCUUGAAUCCAUUAAUAACGAAAAUUAUUAAAAAUAUUCCCCUGCAUCCAGAAUCAAACAUUAUGUAUGUGCGUUACUUACUUAUAUAUCGUCUGUGGAGGAAAAUAAAUAGUAGCGUGCCAAUAAAAAAUGAAAUUACUGCAGCUGCAGUUACUUCUCUUGGGCCACCACCUACUUUUCCACAUUUAUUGGAUGACGUAUUACCAAAAGUGCCAAAGUUUCAAUCAAAUGCUGCAAAAUUUCUUUUACAAUACAAAUUUGACACAAGAAGGACUUGCAAAAUAUUUGUACAAUUUUCUAAAGAAAGUAAUAAAAGAAUAUAUAAAGAGUACAUUAAGGAUAUAAGAGCAACUAUGAGUUCAUCCAGUAUAUGUGAUAUAGAAAAGGACGUCGACCUAGCACCUAAAAAUAUAGAUAAUUUUCAUAAUAAUGUCAAUUCUAAUUUAUCUGAUAACAGUAGUUGUAGUAACUUUAUUUCUUUGCAUAAUUCUUGUAAAUCUGUAACUAUAACAGAUGAAACGUGUUUUAAAAGUUUAGGUAAAAUUUCGGAUAAUAUUUCUACCAAUCGUGUUGCUCCAAAAGUAUUUACGAAAAUUAAACCUUGUUCUCAAAGAAAUUUGAAAAGAUCGAAUAAAAUUAUAGUUAUUGACCUAACAAGUGACAUACAGAUUGAAAAAUCCGUGAUAAAUAAGAAAAAAUCUAAGAAACCUGCAUGGUUGGAAGAAGCCAAGAAACAAAUAGGUUUAAAAGCUAUGAAAACUUCAAUGAAGAUAAAAAGAAAAAUACAAAAAAAAGUGGAUAAUAUCAAUUUAACAAAGUAUGCAACAGAAAGUCAUUGCCAAUUGCAAGAUACAACAUUAAGGACUUCCAAAGUAACUUUCAAAGAUGAUGCAGUUGAUUCUUCUAUGUGUGAUGUUAAGAACAGUGGUAAUACGGAUUUAAAGAAUUCUAAUCUUAUUCUUUCAACACUUACAGAAUCAUUAACUAGCGAAAAAUUAGCGUCAUCGAUAAUUUAUACAAAAAGUUGUAAUGAUGUCAAUAUUGAUCCAGCAACAGCUAACUCAUCUUCUGAUAACAAUGAAUGUGUAUUCAAUGCAGCUGUUGAAACUGUAGAUGCUCCUAUAAAUAUUCGGAAAUAUUAUAAUGGUAGUGAUGUUUUGGAAUUAAAGAAAAAUAGCACUAUAAACGAUAGACUUAAACAGGCUGUGAUUAAAGGACUGAUAGAAAAAGACAUUUCUAUAGAGAAUGAAAUAUGUGAAAGAAGCGAUGAUAACAAGAAAAUCUGUGAUUUAAAACCGCAACCUUCAAUUAUAGAAAGUAUCACAAUAGAUUCUCAAUGUAAUUCCAAAGAUGAGGUAGAUAGCUUAAAUCUUAGUAAGAUCGUAGUGGAAAGUAGCACAUCGGAGGACGUAGUUGCCUAUUUAAAAGUUAAGCAAGACGAACAUGGUGUCCACGAAACAUUGAAUAAUAAAAACAUAGAAUCUGAUUGUGUAAAAGAACGAGAUCUGUCUACAAAUUCUUAUUUUGAAAAGACCAAUGAAAGUCAAAGUAUAAACAUAAUUGAAUUAGAGAAUAAUAGUAGGAGUAAAAAGACAGAAUCUGAGAGAUGUACAAUUUUAAAAUCAUCUAUGAAUAACACAUUCAAGUAUGAAAAUAAAGAAGGUUUUCUUAUUAAUAAUGAAAUUUUAGAACAACAGCAGACAUUUCGUGAAUCUCAAAAGAAUUUUGAAGUCUCUUGCCCUGGAUAUUUAAGUAAUACAGUAAGUUUCAGCAUAAUGAAUGGAGAUGAUUCAGAUGUACAAGCUGAAGUUGAAAUUGGUAAUUCUAUUGAAGGUGGUGAUGAAAUGAGCACCAUUAAGACAUUUGAUUUUGAAAAUAAAAUCUAUAAUUCAGAAGAAAAUUUAAUUGAUAUUGCAAAGAAUAUAGCAGUACAUAAUAUUGAAAUUAAACAUACAUGCAAAGAAGACAUUGUAAAUAAUCAAUAUGUAAAUCAAUCUAUAGAGUAUGAUAAACAAAUAUACAAUAAGAAUGAUAGCAAACAAAAAAUUGCUGUAGAGAAUAUUGAUCAAAGUAAGUCCCAUAGUUAUCCUGUAUUACCGACUAUUUUUCAGAAAGAUGUACAAUUAUUAAAAAAUUCUCAUGAUGGUAAUGCAAUCAAGAAUAUAAAUAAGGACUUCUCUAAAAUUGAAGAAAUAAGCAACGAUCCUAAAAGCUCUGACAAGGAAUAUAUUAUACAUAGUACUGAGUUAAGUACUGAAGAAAAUAUCGAUGGUCUCUCCUUAUUGGCCAGUGUAUCACAACAUGUACCACAUUUAAAAGCUGAAUCUGAGAUACGAUGUGAUCAAAUCAAAGUUAAAGAUUAUGCCGUUCUAAAAAAUACUUCAUUUAACCAAAUCAUUGAUGAUGAAACAGAUACUAAUGAUUCGUCCAAUACUAUAUCACAGCUUUAUGAAAAUCCCACAACUGAAUUAAUUAAUCGGAUUGUCGGUGUUUAUCCAGAAGAUGAAUUAGAAAAAGUGGAACUUUGUGUUAAAUUAACAUCUACGAGCAAUGGAAAUACAACAAACGCAGAAAAUGCAUCUUCCGUGAACGUUCCUCACAUUUUUCAAGGUUCUAUGAAUUAUGAAACAUCAGAUACAUUGUCAAAUAUUAUGGUCCCACUCGAAAAUAAUGUGCAAUCUACUAAAGAAAAUACAAAUGUUAUACUGAAUGGAGAAACAGUUGUGUUGCUGCAAAAAUCACCAAAUAGUAAUUUGUACAUCAUCAAUAAAGCUGUAGAAAAUGCAAGAAAUCAUAAUGUCAAUGAAACAAGUAAGAUCAUGGAAAAAACUUGGUUAACACCACCUUCAGAAGACUGUACAUCAUUUGAGAUUAUCAACACUCUUGAUCAUACUUUUAUACAAGAAAAACACUCUGUUGGAGGAAAAAAAAGUAUUAAAAUAGAACCUAAAGAAGAUAAUGCCAUAUUAAAUCUUGCAGAUGAAAAAUUAUAUACAAAAAAGGCUUCACUCAGAGCAAAUAUAUUAUCUACUCUUCAAGCAACUUUGCAAGAUAUUGAUGCUGCAAGCCUAACUACAACUAAUGAAGACAAUGAGAAACAUAAAUCUUCAUCACAAUCUAUCUCUGCUUGUAGACAAAAUAUUAAGCAAGAAUUUACUACACUUCCCAAUCGUAUUACAACUAAUUAUGCUGUACAGGGAUGUACAGGAAUACAUCCACAUUCGCACGAAGCAAUUGAAUCGCAACAUCCAUUACAUAUUCCUGCAUCUCAUCCUACUGCAUUACCACCAUCAAUUUGUAGUAAUUGCUCAGCUACUACAGAUUUAUGUGUGCCAUAUCAUAAGCACUGUACAUCUGUCUCUUGUAGUUUACAAAUAAAUACUACUGCAUCUUUGCACUCUCAUGUAAAUACAAACAACUCUCGUGGGAGAUCACAUUGUUCAUGCUUAAGUUGUACAUAUGAUAUAGUUACACAUUGUCGACAAUGUAUACACCCUGGUACAGAUUCUCAUGUAUCAUGCAUUGAAAGUAGCUCAUAUUUUUUGCCUACGCAUUCAUCAGUACAACCAUCCACCGUCCAGGAGCAUGACAGGACGAAAAAUGAAACUGUUAUAGGAAAAUUGUAUGAUGAUAAAAUUUUAUAUAAAGUAAAACAAGAUCUUUUACAAAAAAAUACAUUAGAAGAAAUUGAUAUGAAGUGUGAAACAGCAAGAUUGAGUAAUACUAAUUUCAAUAGUAAAUUACCUCUUAAGAAAAGAUUAAAAGCACAUGCUAUGAUGUCAAUGACAUAUAAAGAAAUACCAAUAAAAACAGAAAAAUUAGAUAAUUAUCCUGGUAUACCUAUGAUGUCUAUAGCAGCUUUAGAAGCACUUGAUACUACACAGAAACAUCAGGAGCAAAUUGUAAAACCAGUUUUUGAAUUGUCUUCUACCAGAAAAGAUGAUUUACAUAGUAAUUAUCAUUUUACUGCAAAUUUAGUACGACGAGAUUAUUGCAAGGACAUUCAUGAUACCACGGCACACGAAUCAAACGCUACAGUAUGCCAAGAAUCUUGCCAUCAAAGAAGAUUUAAAACACCUGCACAGCGUAAAGAAAUCGCUGCAUCCGAAAUGACAACGAUAAAACGAUUUGCAUCAGAAACUAUAGCGACAGAUGUACCUUAUAAAAAAACAAAAAAAAUGCAAUCGCCCACCAGAAGAACUAGAAGUUCGAAAAGAAAUGUCCCUAAGGUAAAUUAUUCUUAUUCUGACAAUGAUCCAGAAUGGAAUUCAUCAGGUAUAUUAAAACGUAAACGUAGGAAAAACAGUCGAUGAUCAAUACUGUUUAAGUACGAAACUCAUUGUAAAUGCCACAGAAAUACAAAAUAAAAAGAUGAAAAUAUGAUAUAAGUGACAAAAUUGUGAGUGUGUAAAUUCAUAAAUAUGAUGUGUAUGUGCGUGUCCACAUGUGUGUAAAUAUGGGUUCUCAUCGUUGGAAGAUACUAUAAGUGAUACUUGCAAAUAAAUAGAAGAUCAACUAUGAAGAACAUCAUGGAAAAUCCGUAAAGCAUCAUCGUGGAAGAUUUUUAGGAAUCAUUUUUUCAUAAGAUAUAAUAUUUAAUUAAUUACUGUAAUAAUGUAUGUGUAGAGAAUUUUAAGACUGUUAAUUAGAAUCUAUGUUUGUAACAUUAAUUAAUCAAAGUAAAAAUUGUAUUCAAAUAAUACAAAGUUGUAUUCAAAUAA